GCCGUCGCUACGAAGAAGAAGGCGUCUCUAUUGGAAAGCAAAAAGAACAACUUCUUCUCCAAGAACAUUAAGUCGGGAGUCGCCGAUAAGAAUAGCUCUUCGUCAAAAUCUUCUUCUGUUGAAAUGACUUCUUCCUCGAUCACCAACAGCAAGAGUAAUCAGCACUUCAAGCUGAAGGGUGUCCACAAGAAGACGGGCGUGCCGUGCGCCUGCAUGCUCACCGGGAAACUCCCUGGUGACGACGAUGACUGCGACUGCGUUCUGGACACCUCCAAAUCGAGCUCUACGACGGAAACGGGAGAGAGCGACGAGGACGAUGAAGAGAGCAACGACGAUGAUGACGAUGAGGAGGAGGCGUCAGUCCACUCUACUUCGCCUGCAAAUAUGGUUAGUAAGAAAGCAGAAGUCGCUGUGAAGAACGUCAAGCAAACUCCCGGCAAAAACAAGAAGGUUCAUAUUUUUUUUAUACUCUUCUAUGUUCAUGAAUCAUGAGCAGUAUCGAACCAGAGUUCGUCUCGUCAAUACAAAUCAGCAAUUUUUUUAGAGUCAAGAAAGAAACAAGGUUACACGCGAGUACGUAUGCUUGCUACAAAUCAAUCAGGCGUCGACUGCCCCCGCCGCCGCUGUUAGCAUGGCAGUCCAGCCGCUGCUAAACGAUAAAGUCACCGCUCCGGCUGCCGAGGUGCCGCCGACCAUGGAAGCACCUGCUGCCGUUGCACCAGUGGCUUCGGCUGGUACUGGUAAGUGUGCGGAGAUUGCCGGUCGCAUCGAGCGCAUUCGCGCGGAAAUUUCCCUCUGGGGGGACCACACUACCUGGAACGACAAAAUCAACAGUGACAAACUCGUGGUUGCUAGCGAAACGACGGCGGGACUUGGUAGACGCCUUCAUUUCUGUGUGCAGGCACAACAGUCACCUUUUGAAACUUUUCCAUUACAGCGAUUUGAAUAAGUAUGCACCAUCUAAAUGUAAAUGCAACAACAUAGAUAUUACUUGCUUCUUCUCGUUCUCCCACGACUAUCUCCUCUUUCACUUCCCCACUGCACAACAUUCUUCUUCAGCCGACAUGCUUGCGGACAUCCGCUAUGAGUUGCAUCAGAUCACGGUGCCCGUGCUAGUCGAAGUGCUUGCGGAUAAGCUGGAGAUGCUGCAGAAGGAGCACACAGAAUGCGAGCACUCUGUUGGCAAGGAGUGGGAGAAGGUCCACGAAGGAGAAUCCACUACGAGUUAAGAAUGAAACAAUGGUGAACAUUCAUAUGCUUGUCUGAAUUUUUUCUCGAUGUUUGCUUGUUUGAUUAAGUCGUGGUUGAGUUCUAUUUUACUUCUAUCCCUCGUCCAUGAAGCAGGUACCAUGUAGUGUUGUUUUAGUCUGUACCUAUUGAAUCCACCCUUUAUUCUGUAAGUACAACGAGUUUGGGUAGAAGAUCUUCAACAUCACCCAGUCGUACCCGGCGGACUCUAAUAAGACGGCGACGGGGAGAGUGUGAACAUCAAGACGCUGCUGGUAAUCUUGGCAUCGGGGGCCGCCGUUGUUUUCCUUGUCUAUUGGUGCACCACGCGCAUGAACAGUCUUGCGUAAACUGGUUAUGGAAGUACAUAUAUUAUAAUAAGUACUAGAAGGAAGGGCAGUUCCGAUCUCAAUCAUGACGGAACUCAAGGAACUUCUUGAAACACAAUAUUCAAAUCGAAAUCAGUGAGUGUCUACUUCAUGGUACGUAUGGAACUGUAUAGAAACACUGCAUGGACAUCGAUUAAAAUAUGUUGCACAUCAUUCAUUGUUUUUUCCAAUACUUAGUAUUUGUUCUUAAUUUAUUUCGGGAAGCAGAUGUUAUCCUUAUGUUAGCGGGCUGAAGCGCAAGAUUGCACCUGCUAUGGUGUGAUAAAACACCAAGAUCAGAAAGUCUGAACUGCAUAUAUCCACUGCCUUCCC